ACGAAGCUUCACUGUGAGAGAAAUGUUCAGCUCCGAUGUGAUGGUGAUGGAGAGGGAGGCUCUGCGCAGCUCCCGGCCUCACUAGAGGCGUCCCCCGCUCCGUCCUGCGUCUCCUCACCUUCACGCCGCCGCCUCCUCUUCCUGCCCUCCAACAGCCGGGAAGGAUGACUGUGGUGUCCACCGAGAACAUGGACGAGACCUCCACCCUGCCAGGGCACCCGCAGGACCCCUACCCGCCUGACGACGACCACGACGACCACGACUGCUGCGAGCGGGUGGUCAUCAACAUCUCGGGGCUGCGCUUCGAGACGCAGCUGAAGACCCUCGCUCAGUUCCCGGAGACCCUCCUUGGGAACCCCAAAAAGAGGAUGCGCUACUUCGACCCCCUGAGAAACGAGUACUUCUUCGACCGGAAUCGUCCGAGUUUCGACGCCAUCUUGUAUUACUACCAAUCGGGAGGGAGGCUAAGACGGCCGGUGAACGUGCCGCUGGAUAUGUUCUCGGAGGAGAUUAAGUUUUAUGAACUCGGCGUGGAGGCCAUGGAGAAGUUUCGGGAGGACGAGGGGUUCAUCCGGGAGGAGGAGCGGCCCCUCCCGGAGAAGGAGUUCCAGAGGCAGAUCUGGCUCCUCUUCGAGCACCCGGAGAGCUCGGGGCCCGCGCGGGGGAUCGCCAUCGUCUCGGUGAUGGUUAUUCUUAUUUCAAUAGUCAUAUUUUGUUUGGAGACUUUACCCGAGCUGAAGGAGGACCCGAGCCAGCGGUACCAGAUCGUGGGGAACACGACCGUGUACUACAAACCGAACUUCCUCACGGACCCGUUCUUCGUGGUGGAGACGCUCUGCAUCAUCUGGUUUUCCUUUGAGUUGAUCGUGCGGUUUUUCGCCUGUCCCAGCAAGGCGGCAUUCUUUAAAAACAUGAUGAACUCCAUCGACAUCGUGGCCAUAAUCCCGUACUUCAUUACGCUCGGGACGGAGCUGGCCGACGACCAGGACAACAAGGAGGGGAAGGGCGGCGGCGAGCAGGCCACGUCUCUGGCGAUUCUCAGGGUGAUCCGCUUGGUGAGGGUGUUCAGGAUUUUUAAACUCUCCCGACAUUCAAAGGGCCUCCAGAUUCUGGGACAGACUUUAAAGGCGAGCAUGCGGGAGCUCGGCUUGCUCAUCUUCUUCCUCUUCAUCGGAGUGAUUCUGUUCUCCAGCGCCGUCUACUUCGCCGAGGCCGAGGAGAAGGAAUCGUUCUUCACCAGCAUCCCCGAUGCUUUUUGGUGGGCCGUGGUUUCCAUGACCACCGUCGGGUACGGGGACAUACCCGUGACCAUCGGAGGGAAGAUCGUCGGCUCGCUGUGUGCCAUCGCCGGAGUGCUGACCAUCGCGCUUCCCGUUCCCGUCAUCGUGUCCAACUUCAACUACUUCUACCACCGGGAGACGGAGGGCGAGGAGCAGGCGCAGCUGCUCAACGUCAGCAACCAGAACUUGGCGUCGGAGACCAACUCGAGCCGCCGCAGCUCCUCGGUGGUGAGCAAGUCGGAGUACAUGGAGAUAGACGAGGACAUGAACAACAGCAUCGACAACUUUAGGGAAGCGAACCUUAGGACUGCCAACUGCACGGCGCCCAGCCAGAACUGUGUGAACAAGGGGAAGCUGCUCACCGAUGUGUGAGGCGGCAGCAUCCGGGUGCCACGGUGUAAAUAUUGUAAAUUCAAUCUGGAUGCUUUAUCUCCAUUGGUGCAUUUUAUUCUUCUUUUGCAUUCAUUCAAACGCGUUGACACUACGAGCGUUCACGGCACACACAUGGUUAAUUUGUUUAAAGGUAGAGGCUCAGUUAUUUCAUGAAAACACAACGACGGCAGCAUUUGGCAAUAGUUCAACAAUCAUCAGGUGUCGGGGGAACUUUUUGAUAUAUUCACUUAGAAAAACAAAGAAAUCAAAAGUCUUUAACUUAUUUUUUACUACAUGUUAGAGAGGUACUCUACCAAUCGUGCACGAGAAGAUGAAAGAUGUUUCCCAUGCAGGAAGAGGAUUCUGAAAGUUGCAUCUUUUCCCAAACUAGAGGCUAUCUGUCUGUUUUUUUCUGACCUCUGUUGCCAUGGUUACUCGACAGGUUAAAAUGUUGGAACCAGGGUUUUGGAUUAGAAACCAAAGUCUGGAUAUUUUGGUCUCUGAUUGUCCAUCUUGGGUUGUGAUGUUUGACCCCUUAUUGGCUUUAACCAAACAGGGUCUCACAAAAGCAAGAAAAAAAGGUGUUAUCAACACGUUGCUCGCGUUUUCUUGAAUUUCCUCCCAUAAUCGAGACUCAAGUCGACAUUGUUUGGUUUUUAACGCCCCAAUUUUUAUUGUUCCUUUUAAAGUAUGGCUUGGUCAAGUUCGCAAACUUCCUCUUUGACAGUGUCACCACUUACCGUCUUAGAUAUUAAUAUUUACGUCUAAAUAUCCUGGCUUUUAACAAAGACAUUUACAGGAAACGUAGUAAACAAUGUUUAGCAACAACACUGGAGACCAUAGUCCGGAUCCACCAUCUUGGAAAGGGAUAUUUGGGAUACUUGGGUAAUUUAAGGCUACUUCCUUAUUGACCCCUUGAAAUUGAUUGGUUUUAAUUGGGCAGGGUCUAACAAAAGCACACAAAAAGGUGGUGUGCAAAGGGGUGUUGUUACCAAGUUGCCCCAGUUUUUGAAUUUUAAUCCCAAGAUGGAGACCAAAGUUGACUUUUUUGGGGUUUUCAUUGUCCCGGUUCUUUGGUUUUAACUUCAGGCCCUGGGCAAGUUCUCAAACUUCAACCCUAAGUUGAUCAACUUUCGCCAUCUUCCAUGUUGGGUGUUGAAGUUUCACUAAUCUAAACUUCAAGUUUGUGUCUUGGCUCCUACCAGGCACUGUCUAAGAAAGCAACUUUUGUAGUUUUUACCAUAAUGGGAAAUGUAGUCACCAUUGUUUUUGAAGAUUGCUCCCCAUUGGAGACCAAAGUCUGGAUAUUUUGGACUCUGUUGCAACAUAUUGGUAUUGAAAUAUAUCUUACACAUUGAAGAAUUUGUGCAAAACAGAAUUGAUGGAGUGCCCCUUUAACAGUUUCAUCAUCUUUACUUUGCUUGAAUAUGGAUGUUAGGCUGAGAUACUUCAGGUUUAGGCUGUAGGGAUCAACUCUCUGCGAUCUUUGUUGUCUUUAAAGUGUUAUUUAUAGAGUUACAGCUUGUCUUAUGAACUUAGAUAAUCAAUUUAAUGAAGGAAAUCUUGUUCCGGAGUUAUUUGAAGAUACAGCAACUUAAUGAAGAAAACUAAUCCACUAGAAGGAGGGGCUUUAGUUUACCCGUGUGCACCUUUAAACACAAGGUUUUAGAGUUAAAUACACACAUGUAAAAGAUUCAACGACUGCAUUUUAAGAAAUAAUACUUCAUCUUUCAACAGCAUCAGGUUUUUAAUUUGCAAAUUUUUAAAUGUAACGCAAGAAUUUAUCAAAAAAAUCUCCCUGACACUGACCAGGACCUUCGUGCAAAAAGACUACAAAUAAAGAAAAAUCAAUCAAAAAGCCCGACUAAGAUUUGACAAGCACGCUGGAGGACGACGUUCUCGCCAGAGGAAACACAUCGAGUGGAUUACAAGUGGAGCUUUUCUUGUGACACAACCAGGGACUCUUUUUGGGAAAAACUAAAACGUGAGAUGUUGAUCGGUUUUGUUAAAGGCACCUUAUCAGAAACAAAGUGGAAGCGUGCCGAGCCUUGUGGAGGAUUAUCUGCUGCUGCUGCUGCUACAGGUCGGCCGGAGGUUCCCUGUACGAUGCCAUGCAACACUCCUUUAUAUAAAAAAAAGCAUGUGGAGACUGUCUUCUCUCUUAUAUCGGCAUGCACAAGACGUUACCUCAUUUUUAUUUUUUACAUAUUUGCUCUUCUUUGGCCCUCAUCGCCCCCUGCUGGGAUUCUGUCCCUCCUUUGUUUUCACCAAAAGUGCACUGGCUAUUUAUUAUUGUUUCACUUAUUUUCAAGCAUUUUUAAUGUGUUGAAUGUUAAAGCAUUAAGGAAACGGGAACACUUCUUUUUCGAAGACCAUGGCAUGUCAAAAAUACUAAAAAGCAUUAUUGCCUAAUUAGCUAUGGUAUAGCUAUGUAUACUCAAUGCAUGACUACAGUAUUAAAUUGCUUGCAGCUGUGGAGGGACCGCGGGAGCCGGGGGGAUAAAGACGAUGAUGAUUCUGCUCAUUAUCGUCCAAGCUAACGACAGGAUACGUUGCAUGACGGAGAGCUAACUGCCGGAGGGGACAAAUCUGCUGAAAAAAAAAAAAAAACACACAAAAACAACGGGGAAAAAAAAGUCAGAAGAGACACAUCUGAUGAUCUCUGAAAAAAUGACAUUUCAGAAAAUAACAUCGUCCUUUUUUAUUUCUGUGAGGCUUCGAUCUGUGACGAUGGAGUGCAUGGGAUCAUUUUUAUGUGAUAUGUGACCACGUUUUAUUUCUUGCAUUUGUCUUUUUAAAACGGUUUCAAAUGAAGGAAAGCAGUAAUAUUUAACAAAUGACAAAGAUAUAUCUUAAAAUUAGUUUAUAGUGCCUUGAACCCCGUCUCAUUAGAAUUGACUAAAGUGCCUCCCGUUACCAUAGACGUGCAGCUUAUCUUCUCCUGCCAUAAAGAUGAUGCACUACUCCCUGCACAACCGGAAAAGAAGAGGUUACAGUCCAAUAAGAUACCAAUAUAUUCCUUAUUCUGGGGCUGGAUCGUUGGGCCGACAUAAACUAUCAUCGCUACUGGUUGAUGACACACGACUGCAGCGCACAUUCAUCGAGAUAAACGAGUUGAAAUAUGGACUGUCUUUGUAUAAACUUAUCUUUUGGUCACUCUGAUCCAUUUAACAUCCAUAAAAAAGAGAGUUGCUGUUCCUUCGCUAACACAGCAACACGUGUGGAAAGCUACAAACUGUUAGCUUUAAAACCAAACAGACGUGGAUGUUUGUUCAGGGAUGGUUAACCACUAACCUGCUCUGUCAGCAGACUCGUUAGCUGAAGAGUCUAAAACUUUUUAUUGGGUGGAAAUGGAAUUUACCACUAAUGACUACCCCUGGAUUAGCUUGCAUCGCUAAGUGGCUGUACUGGGAUCUAUUUGUGGUUGAAAUCAUUGGCAAUAUUUCACAAACUAUCGACUGAACUAUUCCCACUGUUGUCACUUAUUUUAAACUAAAGUAAACACAGAACCUGGGGUUAGCCGUUGUGGCUAAUUGCUAAAAAUUGUGCUAAUUGGAAGAUCAGAAAUCUAGCUGUUAGCUUAACCAACUACCAGACUAGAUAUUCAAACUUUAUUUGUGACCAAGUUCAACUGAAAGAAAAAACAUACAUCAAAUUGGCUAUAGUCAGAGACAUGUCCAGAAGGGUUGCACUGGCCCCCCCUUGAAAUCUGAUUGGCCACCCCAAAAAAUCCUAAACUAUGAUGAUUGGCUAUCUGCUUUGUCAGAGGCGGGACGUUUGUUGUUAACACAACGGUUCUGGUUUCUUUAAGGCCUCUUUAAUGCUAACAUCUUUGUUUAAAGCAAAUUUUAACAUGAAUACAAAAAUACAAAUAUGUCUGCUAGUAGCUGAUCACAAAGACCAUUUCAACUUACUAUAAGGCUCAUUGUUUCCUCUCUUUUAUAAAAGUACAGAUGAAUAAAGGCACUUAAAAAUACUUUAGAAGACGGGGCCGCAGCUGGAGUGAAAAACAACGACUGCUCUACUUCCUUUACUUCUAGGACAGACUUUAGUAAAGUGGACUUCUUUGUGUUUAGAUCGGUCGUGAUCUACAUUUUGUUUCUCGUCAUCCAAUCCCCACAUGCAAAUCCAAAACAAUUUGUGGCUAAUUUACGAGUUAAUAAGUGAUGUAUUUAUUUAAUUUAAUCAUUUUUGCCAGUUUGUCCCUUUCGGCGCACCGUACUUAACCCAGCGUAGCGUCAUCUUAAACAGCCAGAGUGACGAAAAACGAAGGACACCGUGGCGCCUUUGAAUGUCUCACUUCACUUCCAUACGACGAGUCAGAGGUCAUAUCCACGUUAUGACAUCACACACUUUUUUUAAUGUUCCCCUCUGCAGCGAGUUCCUUUUGCCGUGGUUAAGUAACUUUCUAUCAACUGGAAGUUCCUUAUUUUCUUUCAGAAUAAAAGCAUGCAUUUAUACAAACAACAAGUGAAGCACACUCAGCUUGAGACAAAAUACAAAAAAAAGGAUAACAAACUCUUUUGAAAUGCAACAUAAUGGAGUUUCGAACAUGCAAUUUUAAGUAUUUAUCAUUUGACAGCUUUAGUGUUUAAUGUUUUUCUGACAACACUGGCAGAAAUUAAUUAAAUAUAUCUGGUUAUUAAACACACACAGUGCUAAUUGCUGAGACAUUAAGUGUCGAGUGUGACUCUGUAAAUGGGGAUUUGAUGAAGGGACAAAAAUAUAGAAUCUCUGGAGAGCUGAAUUAAAAAGAUGAAAGAAAAGAAUAAUUUUAUAAAAAAACAGCCACAGGUUGCAAAAACCUUCACAGCCCCCCCAAAGCUAGCUGAAAGCUACGGCCCUGGCUGCAGCACUGAACCUUUUCAAAAAGGACUCCAGAAGACCUGCUGCAGAAUCAGCAGCUCUCGUGCUUCUCCUCUUAUCAACUGCCAUUGCCAGAGGAACUGAAGUGCAGCUGAACCAAACGGCGUCCUCUGGCUGCACAAACACUGCCGCUCUCUGAACCUUUGGGACCAAAAACCUCCUGCUUAAAAUAAACUUCUGCUUCUUUUUUAAACGUAUGGAAACAAUGAGCCUGACACGUUCACUGCCUUUCGUACCACAAGCCUUUCUUUUUUCUGCGUCUCACAGAUUUUGAACCAUCCGAGCUGCUGUAGCAUCAUCAGACCGCCUCUAUAGACGAUAUUAAUGUGAUUCUAUCUCAGCUCGAUUAAGGCUACAUGUCCUCUAAGUGCUGAUUAUAAAGAAAUUAGGGAGGAAAUAUGUUUCCGAUGCCUGUGAGAGCUCAUCUGUGGAUGCUGCUGCAGAGAGAUAAUGAAUGUGACCACAGUCAGUGUGCAGAGCAGCGUUCAGCUCAACAUUACCACAGGCAUUAGUCACUCUGCAUGUCAGUAAAAUGGCUGCUGCUGCUGCUGCUGCUGUAUUGUUGUUGUGAGGAGGGAGCACAUGGCUGUCUGUGCUGCGUGUUUUCAGGUCGACACGAUGUUAGACGACAACACUGAGGACUGAUUCAUGAAUGUGCAGGGAUGAUAAAAGCCUCCACAGGAUGUUAAAUGAAAGUGUCGAGUCGGUCCGAUCUCAUGAAGCGUGCAUCAUGAAGACUCAAAGUUUGUGCACGAGUCAGCAUUAAACCUGCAAGUGAUCAGUUGUGACUUUAAGUGAGGAUCUCAUCUUUAAUGUGCAGACUCCCUCUUUGCUCAUUGAACUUAACAGUGACAAGGUAAUUCAGAUACUUUAAGGCUUUUUUAUGGGAGCGUGCAUAUGUAUGCACAUUUCCUUUUGCAUAAAUUUGCAUAAAAAUAACUCUACCCUGUGGGAACAUAAGUCCUAAUUUUGAGAGAAUUCUUAGAAAUGUGGGAACAUAGGGCAGUGGGACCAUUGGUCUGUGGGAACAUAGGGCUGACCCCUUUUUUUAUGGUUCCAAGAAGGACACUUGAAGAACGUCCAGUUCUCAACCUGCACAUUCAGGGGUCUAACCCUUCAGAGUGUGACGCUGUAGGAACCCGUUUAAUGUGAGCUUCUGGCACAUUCCUCUUUCUUACUGUUCCACUUUGCAGUGAAAGUCUGUUGACAUAAUUUAAAGAGCCUGAAAAUGACCUUUAGUUGUGUCAGAAGUCAGAUAUAGAACGCUGGACUUCUUAAGAUGCACAUGUUUCUAGAGUCCAGCUUUUGAUGGUUUUAACAGAAUCAGAGAAAACUGGAGUCGGUCUUUGUUCUUCAGACUUCUACAAUCACACAGAAUCUUCUUGCCUAAACGUGAAGAUUAUUUUUGUUGUUUUUUGUCCUCCAGACAUUGUUGUAGUCCGAUAGAAAGAGCUGUACUGAAAACAUGCAGGGUGUCAUGACAAAUGUGAGAGUUGUGAUUGAUCUGAGGGGACUCAAUGAAACCAUUCUGUCAGUAUAGGGGGGUGUUUGAUGAGAGAACAAUCUUCAGAUUGUGAGUGAACCUCGCCCUGUAAGGUGUUGGUUAUUUGAAGAGGUUUGAAAAUCAGAGGUUGCGUGUGUUUGUGAGAGCAGAAAAAACAUCUUAAAAGUGGAGCUUCUUCUGUGGACGCAGCAGCAGCAGCAGAGCCUCGUCUGACUCACAACAUUUAGUUACAUAAGAGUCUGCAGGUUUUUUUUAUGAUUAUUAGUCCAACUAAACAACUUUGAAGUAAAAUCAGCAGCAGGAGGAUUAAGGUCUGCAGACUCACCAGCUGGGUUUCUAUCUGAAACUGUUUUCCUGCAACUUUCAGAGUUUAAGGAGCCGGAUCAGAGCUGAUGUGUGUGUGCUCCUCAUCUGCAGCUGCACAAGUGUGUGUGUGUGUGUGUGUGUGUGUGUGUGUGUGUGUGUGUGUGUGUGUGUGUGUGUGUGUGUGUGUGUGUGUGUGUGUGUGUGUGUGUGUGAGAGUCGGUAAUGAGAUGAAUUGAAACACCUGUUUGGGUGAGAAAGGUCUUGAUGACUCUCCACCUUGAGGAGUAUUUGUAGUCAAAAAACAGCAACUGGAAUACAAACCGAGGCGGUGCUCAGCUGCUAAACUUUCAAUGAAUCACACUCUAAUUAUUUUUAUUCAGUGCACAACAAGUCAGCUGAGCAGGCAGAACACCUGAGCUUACUCGGCUCAAAGGACUGACACCUCAGCACUGAUUACCUGCAGUUUAAUCCAGCCUGCGGUGCUCCGGUUCAGGAUCAGAUUUAACACCUGCCCAUCUUCAACUUGUAUUUUUCUUGCCUGUUUUUAAGUCCUAGUCAGCACAUAGUCACGCUGUAAGCCGGUUUCUCCUCAGAUAUCAGAUCCUACACAGACGAGUCAAUUCUCUGACUUCAUACUGUAAAUCUCAUUUUAUCUUUUUAAGAUUACCAAAUGUGCAGAAAAGAGUUUUCUCUGAGCUUUGUGCACGCUUCAUGUUUCUUCUUUCGCACAAAGCUAAAUAUAUUUUUGUUUUGUGCAAAAUCAAACGAUUGUCCUGAACUAAGAACGUACGACAGUUUAUGGGAAACGCCCGAGUAUGUGUUGCAGUCCACGUGUGUCAUUGACCAGCAUCCGGCCCGUUUCAUGACCCGUUGAACGUGUGAGAAACAAAACGUCCCUUUAAUUAAUGUUUCAGACGGAUACAAACAACAUGAACGCAUACGACGGUGCUACGUGGUAAACAUGCAGUAAAAACCCUGAGGGAGCAAAAUGACAAAUUUCACUGGUUUUUUUUGAAGAAUUAAAUCACGUUAAAAAAAAUAAACUUCUAUAUUUCGUGACAGAAAUGAGAGGAAAAAAAUUAAAACGACAUCAGGGUAGUUGGUAGUCUUGUGGGUUUGAUUCGUUUUGUUCAUGUUUGUCGAGUUUUCGGCCAAAGUUUGAAACUUUCCUGCACCAGAACUCACCGAAGGGACCAAAUGAAGUUUUCUAGUUUUUCAUUUCAUCAGAGCAGCUCAACACAGACGGAUGGUAUUAAAAAAAAAAAGCAACAUUUUCUAGAUUAAAGGUCAAAUGUUUUCAAAAACCUUUCAGUAUGUUGUCAUUUGUAAUCUUUGGACAUCUCUGUUUGGUACGCAGUAAAAAAAGUAACACUUCACCUUCUUAAAGGUUUUUAAAGGAUUUCUUGUAGAAGCUUCCGACUGCCCAAAGUGAUCAUAUAUUAAAGGAACAGCUGAUCCAUCUUCACUGAGCUGCAGAGCAACAAUCUCUGUCUUCUUUUCAGGAUGUGUUUUUGUUUAAUUCUCUUUUCCUGACUCCUCACAUAAGCCAUCCACGCAGAGUUUCUCAACCUGUUUACGGACUUUAGAUCGAUUCUGGUUCCUAAAGCUUCCUUAACUGGUGUUCAGAAACUUCUUCAAAGGAACAAUGUGCGACAUGUUCCACAAAUAAAUCAUCAAGUCUGUCCUGUGUAAA